AUGACGGCCAAAGUUCUCACACCCGCAAAGCCAGCCGUCGCCACUAGAGCGACUGAGACGGCCACCAAAGUCCCCUCCCCGGCGGAGAAGACCACCCAACCACCGACCAAAAAACGCAAACUCGCCGCCGCCUCUCCCAAACCCUCGCCAACCAUCAAAGUUAUCUCCCGCAAAGCAGAAGCACCAAAAGCGCCCCGGGCGCCGAGAACCCGCAAAUCCAAGGCCGCUCCAUCGACGCCCCCUGCACCAGCGCCGGUGAAGCUGAGUCUACCUCUCCUAAACAAAAUCCGCCAAGUCCAUGCCUUUCUCGCCCGCCGCGCUGGGGUGACGCUCGAGUGCGACUCGGAGAACAAGAACCUCAUCUCUGUGCCGCAGCUCGAUCUUGUGGGAGCGAUCGAGCGGAUGUGGUGGCAUUGGGAGACUUUCGAUGAGGAGUUCUCCGGGAUCGAGACUGUCCGGGAGGCCAUAGUCGACGAUACGAUUCAACGGAUGGUUGGUGAUGGAGUGGAGAAGUUUGGAUGGGUGACGAUCGAUAUUGAUGUCCAUUCGGCGUUCGAGAGGCGGAUCAAGGAGAAGAUUCCGGGGUGGUAUGGAUUGGAGGCGAUUAAUCUGGUUGCUGUGGAGCUUCGGUUGAUGAAAGAGCAGAUGAUGAAGGAGGCACUGGGCAGUGACCUGAAGUUCUUGGGGAACGAGCACGAGAAGGAGAAUGUGCCAACCAGCCUGGCCAACACGUACGCACACAGCGAUGUUGGAACAGCGCAGGACGAAAGCAAGGAGGAGAAUCUUUCACGGAAGCGAAGGGCAGUCAGCAUCUGA